UAAAAAUCGAGGAUUAUCAUUUCUGAUCAUUGUAAAAAAUUAACGAUUGGGGUAAACUUCCUUAUGUUUCGUUCGUUGUUUAUUGCAGUGACAGACAAACAGAAACUAGCUAAAUUAAAUGUAAUUCACUUUGAGUCAUAGCAUGCCAAAUUGAGUGUCAACAGUCUGGUCAGAGAUCAAUGAAAAGUCAGCUGGUUGACAACCCAAGAAACGAGAAAUCUUCAUAUCUGGUUCGCCUCUGGGCCGUGAAGAGUAAAUCAAUUAAUGCAAAACUGGCACACACCGGGAGCAACAUGCGACGCACCAAUAACUAUCCCUACCAGCCGCUAAACCAGCAGCCAUCUGGCUCCAGCCCGGUCGGGCAUGAUGCACUAGAGGCGGAGAACGAGCGCGCUGCCGAGGAGCUGAAACAGAAAAUAGGCGCCCUCAAGUCGCUGACCAUUGAUAUUGGUAACGAGGUGCGCUACCAGGACAAGCUAUUGCGCGGCAUUGACGAUGAUAUGGAUCGGACAUCGGGCUUCCUGGGCAACACAAUGACGCGAGUCGUCCGCCUGGCCAAACAGGGUGGCGGGGCCAGGCAGAUGUGCUAUAUGUUUCUCUUUGUGCUCGUGGUGUUCUUGUUGCUCUGGCUAACGCUCAAGUUCAAAUAAUAGUCGGCGGCCGCUGUUUGUUUUCUAAAAUAUAUACUUUCAAUCUUAA